AUGUCCCUACAGCACUCACUUGUUGCAGCCAUGAUGUGUAUUGUCGUGGCAAGCGCUGACGGCCAAAAUCUGGGAAUACGACCACCGUUCCCGCUCCCUCGGCAAUGUCCCAGUUUUUCAUACGACGCUUUUUACGACUUCCAGAAUAACGUUACCACCACCAACCCCAAUGUGCAGGAGCUGGGUGGUUUCACGGGAUCCGGCUGCUCUAGAAGAGGAGUUCUCAAACUGCUGCUGGCGCCAGCAGUGACCGACCCCGGCAGGCGAAGAGUCCUAGUGGACCUAUUCAUGGACGGCAACCCCACAGAAUGGGUUUUUAACCUGGGAGACUCCAGCUCAAACAAUGGCUACGCUGGCGAUGCAGAUACCCAGUGGUGGGACGCUGAAGUCCAAGGAAAAGGCCGGACCUUCGCUGGGUAUUUGAGUGACAACGGCGGAAGUGGACAGGCAUUCGUCGUCCCCAAUGCCUACUCAACUCGACAGACCCUGAUCGUCGGCGACGGUCACAUCACGUGGAUCCCUGACAACAACAACCUCAUCAACUACUACAACAACCCCAACCUGUUUGCUCUGAAUGGUCAGCAUGACGACAGACCUGGACCCUCCAACUACGAUCUCUUCCUGGGCAUCAACAGAGUUGUGUCUCAGGGUCGGGAGGGGUCUGGUGUUUGUAAAGUUGGCAUCAAGUUUUUGCCAGAGUUCUAG